GCUCCGAGUGUCCCCCGUGCCGCGGCUCUCCAGCCGGGCUCAGGUGCGCGCCGUGCACCAGGAGCCAUGAUCCCCGCUCACGCCGCCACCAGCAGAGCGAAUGGCUUCGCCCCUCGCUACUCACCGGGACAGAUCCCCGCCCGGGAGACCGAGCUCAUAUCGCUCAGAGACGCGCAAGCACCGCCAUCAUCACCAGCACCGCCGUCAGCAACAGCAGCAGCAGCACCGCCCGACGCGUCCGCCGCUCUGCUCGAGUCCCGAGGUCUCGCGUUGAGUCGCGAGCCCUCGGCACCGCCGGGCAGCGCUGGGGAAGCUCAGCGGGAAACGUGGGGGAGGAAGGUGGACUUCCUGCUGUCCGUCGUCGGCUUCGCCGUGGACCUGGGCAACGUGUGGCGGUUCCCUUACGUGUGCUACCAGAACGGUGGAGGUGCGCUCCGGAACCCGCGGCGCGCACGCGUGUCGGGCUACUCGUUUAGGGCCGAGUGUACCUAA